GACCUAGAUUAUAAACUAAAAUUUAUUUUUGGGUUUAAAAAGAUUAUAAACUAAAGCAACAUAAUUAUUUGUUUGGCAUAUAUGAUUAUUAGCUAAAGCAACAUAAUAAUAUUACAAAAGAACGUACAUGCAGUCUUAUUAUUAAAUCUAGCUUAAUUAGUGUGUCAUCGCUUAUAUACGGAUAUAAUCAAUUGCAUAUACAAUACAACGAAUAAUUUAGCAUGCUCUUUAAAGAACCUCAUCCCAACAAAAAUAUUAAUCUUUAAAAAGUUGUUUGCCAAAAAGAAAAUCAUUAGCUUAUAAUAAUAAAAAAUUACUACAAAACUUCUGCUAGCUACAUCUACAAUAUUAUACUAGGACCGGCGAUAAUUGCCAACGCGGGUCCACUAAACCAGUUAUUUUUCUUUUCCACUAAAACAGUUCGUUUGUGACUAUAUAUACGCAGAUACUACGUAACAAUACAAAGCACUGCAAUUGGUGACAAGAAAUUACAAAGCACGAAAAUCACAAUGGACCAGUCCACUCUUCAUAGCCUAAACCCAUAUUCAUCUUCCACCACUUCCUCAUCAUCUUCUUCUUUACACAACCGCAAGGGCAGAAUAAAGGGGAACAAAAAUCAGUCAAUGUCCACGUUAUCGACGGAUCCACAGAGCGUGGCUGCCCGUGAGAGACGCCACCGAAUCAGCGACCGUUUGAAGAUUCUACAGAGCAUGGUUCCUGGUGGUGCGAAAUUGGACACCGUCUCUAUGCUCGACGAAGCCAUUAGCUACGUCAAGUUCUUGAAAGCUCAGAUCUGGUUUCACCACAAUAUGCUUCUUUUCUUCAACGACUACGAAACUACGUCGCCUUGUACUUAUUCUCCCGUCGUCGUCAGUGAAUUUGAACCAAGACUCUUUGGUUGUGAUGACGAUUAUACCCCUGUACCGGAGACGUAUUCACAAGGGACGCCACUAUAUAUGGUUGCGGAACCGAAUAAUCCGAUGUGGUAUAGUUCGGUUGAUGAUGAGCAACAAGAAACCAUGCAUCGACGUGGUUUGUCUUAGUCAUCGCCCAUAUGCAAUGAUAUGUUACUUAUGUGUAGAAAAUAUAUUACAUAUCUUAGUUUAUUAUUGUCCCCAUGCAUCUCUAAAAACUUUUGUGUUUAAGGAUUAUGUGCAUCUAAAAAUUGAAUUA